AUGACUCAACAAGAAGCAACUAUCCGACUUAAAACACUUCGAUUAACAUUAAAAUUUAAUUAUUUUGACCGUUCACGUCAAUAUGAUAUUUCGUCUUACAAUAAUCAAAAUCAGUUAUUCCAUCGAAUUCGAGCUGAUUGUGAACAAUUUGUCCGUGAUAUUUCAACAAAAUGUCUUAAAAAUCCACGGGAAAAUUUGGAUAAUUAUCAGCUCUACUUAUACUGUAUUCAUGAACAAAUUCCCCAUUUGACAUUGAUACAAACGUGUUCGGAUAUCGAGAACAAUUGUACGAUUGAAAUAGUUCUCAUUCGAAUAAAAAAUAAAAUUGCCACUAAUUCGCUGCAAGAAUGUUCAUUAACAAUUCCUCAACACUGUUCACGCUGUGGCAAAUCCAUGGUUGGUGAUGCGUUAUUGCAUGCAGUCGUAUGUCGGUCGUGUGAUCAAUUAUUUCACGGUAGUUGUGCGCCAUAUUUUACUCAUUAUUGCGUACCUGGAGAAGCCGUUCCACAGCCAAAACAAACUAAAGCGAUUACACGUACAAGUCUCAAACAAACAGGAUCAUCAGAGUCAUCCAUUGAUGCACAAAUACCUUUUUUCAUUAAAAAUGAAAAUAUUUAUCGACGAGCUCAUAUGAAAUUAACCACUAGUAGUCUCCACAUAGAAACGGGUUCGAAGCAAUACUUUUCUUUACCAUUAGAAAAUGUGCAAAAUGUUUAUAUUGUCCAUCAAAUUAACAAUUUCACUAAGCAUAGAUUUGAAGUCGUAUGUUCUAAUUUAUUAAUAUGUAUUGGUAAACGAUCUGAAUCAGACGAUGCUCGACUUAUAACUGAUCAAUUUUGUUCUACCCUAAUACUAAAAUGGGAUACGGUAUUAGCUAACAUAAAACAGCGGAAAAAAAAUUUGCGAAUAGCCACUAAACGGCCAGAAAUAGCAUAUACUAAUCCACCCACCCAUUCACUACGACCUUCAGAAAGACAUGUAAGUUUAUAUAAGUUUCCUCCAGAAGAAUGCAAUCAACAAGAUAUGCAUGAUAUCUACGAAUUUACAAAUGAACCAAUUGGACAGGGUUCGUUUGGUUUUGUUGUGGGAGCUAUGCGUCGAUCAACAAAACAAAAGAUAGCUGUUAAAUAUAUCGAUUAUUCAAAAUGUAGUCCAAGUAGUUAUGAGGAACGAUAUGCGGAAAUUGAUAUUCUUUGUAAAUUGAAACAUCCGAAUAUAUUGAAAUUUGAAGCAUGUUUUGCAAGACAAGAAGGUUUGUAUAUUUUCACUGAAAGAAUGGACAAAGAUCUAUAUGAAUAUAUAACGAGUAAUGGGUAUUUAAGUGAAACAGUAUCAAAAUUCAUCAUUUAUCAAAUUCUUACAGCAGUCGCUUAUUUGCAUGAAACAGAUAUUUGUCAUUGCGAUAUAAAACCAGAAAAUUUGUUAAUUAACUUCAUUCAUGAUAGUUCUUUGAAUAAUCGAUCAAUUGAACUUGUUAAACUUGCAGAUUUUGGAUAUGCGAGAAUCAUCCUCGAUCAUUCAUUAAGACGAACACAAGUUGGAACGAAAGUGUAUAUGUCACCUGAACUGUACCAUAAUGAACGUGGAUACAAUAAACUAACUGAUAUUUGGGCUGUUGGUAUUGUUUUAUACGCAUGUUUAUCGGGUAAAACACCAUACGAUCAUAAUAACGUUGCGAAAGCUGAAGAAUAUGUGAACAAUUCAAAUUAUAUGUAUUCAGAAUGGAUCGGUAUAUCGUCGACAGCUAAAGAUUUUAUAUCCUCUAAUUUGCUUGUAACAAAUCCACAGAACAGAACAAAAGCAAAUGAAGCAUUAAGACAUGAAUGGUUUAAAGACGAAUCUUUGUAUAAAAACUUGAAACUAUUGGAAAUAUUAUGUGCAAAGAAAUAUCCAAGUGUAAAUGCAGAACAAAAUUGGCUAACGAAAGAUUUAAUACAUUCGUAA